AUGCCCAUAAGGGUGAUUCUGACCGUUUGUACAACACCCUCUUCAAAUGUUCUUCUAUUUGUUCCAGGUCUAAUCGGUGGCCCAAUUCUCCUUUGUCUUCUUGCCGUAGUCACUUCUCGAACGGCGAUGCAGUUGGGUGACAACUGGUUAAUAAUGCAGAAACGAUGGCCACAGUAUUUGGAACCCUGUCGGAGUCCUUACGCUGAAAUGGCCUAUCGGUCUAUCGGAGGCCGAGCAAGGUUGAGUUUUUGUGCCUCAAAAUACGGAAAACUCAAAUUUGCAGGUGUCUAUUGGUGCUGCUCUUUCAACUACUAUUGCUGUCAUCUUAAUACUUAUCGGAACAUCUAUCGAUAUCCCUACAUGCUUCCAGCAUUAUAUCGAGUUCAGAUGAAUAUCACCAGUGAAGAACUGACUUUCAUUCAGGCCGCCUCCUAUACCACAGUUACUGCGAGGCAAUUUUCAUUAGGAUUUGGGACCAUCGUAUUCGCAUACGGUGGUCAUCCUGUAUUCCCUACAAUUCAACAUGACAUGGCUAAACCACGACAUUUCGGCAAAGCCGUUAUCUUAAGCUACAUCGUACUAUUUCUUUUGUACAGCCCUGUUGCACUGAGUGGUUAUGCCGUAUACGGUACAUCGAUAUCUGAUUCGGUCAUAUCCUCUAUUCAGGUAGGUCUUAAUCGAAAUUGGUUAUCGACAAGAUUGGUGAAGUGA